AUAUAAAGAGCGGGGUGGCUGCACUGCCCUCAGUUUGGCGACCGGACUCGAGCCUGGGCGCUAGCUAGUCCUGAGUUAGAGAGUGGGCGGGCAACGCGCGUCAGAGUCGUUUUUCUUCGGAGCCUUCUGCAGUCUAGAAUACACGCCAGCGGCGGACUUGUCUACGCCCUCCACCCCGUUCCCUUUGGGGCCUCCGAACGUUAGUCGGUGCUCGUCCGCGUCACCCCGGCGCCAGCCCGGCGAAAGGGAGGCACGAUGGAGUUCAAGCUGGAGGCUCACCGCAUUGUCAGCAUCUCGCUCGGCAAGAUCUAUAACUCGCGAGUCCAGCGCGGCGGCAUCAAGCUGCACAAGAACCUCCUGGUCUCACUGGUACUGCGCAGCGCCCGCCAGGUCUACCUGAGUGACCCGUGCCCCGGCCUCUACCUGGAGGACGGCGAGGAGGAGAUGGAGACCGGGAACGUGGCGAACCUCAUCAGCAUCUUCGGCUCCAGCUUCUCUGGACUCUUGCGGAAAAGCCCAGGGGGCGGCCGGGAAGAGGAGGAAGGAGAGGAAAGCGGUCCGGAAGCCGCUGAGCCCGGGCAGAUCUGCUGCGAUAAGCCGGUGCUGAGAGACAUUAACCCUUGGAGCACAGCCAUCGUGGCCUUCUGAGGCCCCGGCCCCGUGCGGGUGGAGGUUGAGCAGCGGGCGUCCCUGAAGUGAGGGCCGGGCCUCUCCCGGCUGCGAGGACGCCCCAGAGACCGCUGGCGCCGUGCGCGCUGGGGAGACUGGCUGCCGCCAGGCAGCAUCCACUGCCCCGGGGUUGGGCAGCCCCGCUGUGCCCUGUGGCUCUCGAGUCUCCGCUUGAGAUCGAGUUGGGGGCUUAUAGAAAGAGGACGAUCGUUAACUUUUGUGUAUGUGUUUGUCUGUGUUUCCGUAAGUUUGUCCUGUUGAAUUCUGACUAUUUCGUCCUUCUGGAAUGCACCACCUUUUCUCCGAGUUGAGGACUUUGGGGGCAGACAGGGACUUUCCUUUGCCUGCCACGCAGAGAAGGAAGCGGCAGAAAGGUUGUAGGCCGGGGAGUUCCCCAUUCCUUCUCGGGGGAGGGAGGGACUUUACACACACCCCUCAAAUAAAAACUAGAACCGCACCAGGCCUGGAGUGGCGUUUCCUCCCAGGAUUUCCUCAGACUAGGAGGUUUUACUCUGCAAUAGAGACUUGUAUUAUUUCUCCCUCUCCAUCAUUCUUUAGCACAGAAAAAACGUUUAUACCCUGUGAUUACUCUGGGAAAGGGGAGUAUUAAGGGACCGUCGCUUCCCCACAGGGGAAAAAAGCUUGAUGAACUUCACAGGAGAGUUCAAGCUUGGAAAUAUGGAGUUUAUAGAGAAAAGUUAUAUUUUUAAAAGCUCUAGCUCAGAACUACUAAACAGUGCUUUUAAAAAGUGUUUAAUGAAACAAAGUUUACAGACAGAAGCCCUAAUUGGAAAGACCUUAUGGUUUUGUAGAUAUGGUGACUCCAGUCUUUGUUGUAUAAAGGUUGGGGGAGCUGAUAAGGUUUUUGUACAGUAUUUUCUCCUUCGUUGUAUUGAUUUUUGUAUAAAAAUGUAACUUUACGUGUCCAACACGUAUUAAAUAUUUUGAAGCAACUUCACCGCCUCGUCUAUAAUCACCACUUGUAUUUGGAGGGCAGUGGGAGGAGGGAAACUGAAGCCAGGGCUAGGAAAUUGAAGGUGUGAGUCUUAAUAUCAGUCAUUCACAGACUGGACUUUGCUGACUUUACUAAGUAUCAAUGUUUAGGAUUUUACUCUCUCAUAGACUGGUGCCAGGGACUGCUAAUUUCUUGAAACCUGCUACUGCAACUGCCUUUACUAGACUCAGUUUAGACCAGUUUGAUUUUUCUACAGCCCAAUGUGAUAAUGUAUGUUAAAAAAAUUAAAUGAUUUAAGCACUAAGUUUUGAAGCCCUUCCUAGCCACAAGGAAUGUUUUUCACCAAACUUUUGUGUCAUUUUAAGCUAUAUGUUAUAAAUUAUCUUUUAGAUUGGAAGAAACCAACAUUGUUUAGAUAGUAGCUUAGGAAUCUGUUGGAGCAGGACGUGAGAAGAAGCUGAUGAGACUGACUUGUCCCAAGGGCCAGGUCCAUCUCGGCAUUCCAGUGAAUUCUGGAUGUCAGGAUUGAAAUUUUCCACUUUUAUUCGUUUACUGGUACAGCUGUAGAAAGUAAAUGCAUUGGUGAAAGUGAAAUUGUGUCAAAGCAGAUCAGGAGGCCAAGGAGGGCUGGGUAAAUAGCUAAACUUCCUGAUUUGCUUUUGUCACCAAAAUGGUGACAUCAGUGUUUUUUGAUUAUGGUGAUAUUAAGGUGAAGAUAGCCAAAAAAGUUUUCUAAAAUUACUGAUUAUAAGGAAACUUUGAUUAAAGCAAAAUGUUCAAUAUUUGAAAGUAUUCGAUCUAUCCUAGAAGGGAACCAGUUAGUGGUGUUUUAAAAUGUGAUUGCCUGUACUUUAAAAAAAUAACAGUUUAUGAAUGAAUGAAGUGUUAAAGAGAUGGAAGAAAUUGAGAGACAGCUUUUAAAUAAAGGUUACAGCCCUUAAGCAAAAGAAGCAUAUGAAUGAUGCCUUCGCCUUAGCUAAACUUUCAAUUAUAUGAACUUCUGGCACAGCAGAUUAGACCAUUGCUUUAUUUCUAAAAAUCUAUUAGUCUUAAGCAUAGGAAACUUUUUACUUCAUGUUCU